CAAAUGAUGUUUCCACACCAUAAUGAUAUCUACUCCUCUUUCUAUCCUUCGUCGCUGCCAACCAUUAACGGCCAUGGUAGUCUCCAUGACAUCUUCUCUUCCUCCUCCGCCGCUGCGGCAAACAAUCCUCCGCUGCCACCACAGCUGCCGCUUCCAGUAGAAGCCGCCGCAGCACCGGAGAAGACAGCCUCCGACGCAUCUUUGCAGCCAUUAAGCAGCCGCGCGAGACCAAGCAGAAAAGAUCGGCAUAGAAAGAUCGACACAGCGAAAGGGCCCCGAGAUAGAAGGAUGAGACUUUCCCUUGAUGUCGCCCGCAAGUUCUUUGAUCUUCAGGACCUACUAGCGUUCGACAAGGCAAGCAAGACUGUUCAAUGGCUGCUCAACGAGUCUAAAGCCGCCAUAAAAGAACACGUAGCUGCAGUCAAGAGGAAAGCGUCCACUUUUGAGUGCGAAGAAGACAUCUUCACUGUUUCACACAACAAGCACAGUUCGCCGGCGCCGUCGAAGGCUUCCAAAAAGGCUGCUGCAGUUAGAAAUAUGAGAUCGACGACAACAGUUAAUCCUAAGGUUGCCAGGGAGUGCAGAGACAAGGCGAGGGCCAGAGCAAGAGAAAGGACUUUGGCGAAGAAGGAAAAGACGAUGAUGACUCAGUGUGGCAGGCAAGACGAAGGCAGCGAGGGAAGAAAAGAGCCGUUAGGUCCUCAGGAGGAGUCGAGCUCGCAUGAACCGAAAUCUUCCUUAGAGAUGGUGGCAGAAAUGGAUGAGGACUGCUCUAUUAUUUCACCAAUACAUCACAAAGAACCUGAUGACAAUGGCUCAAUAGCAAUAUUUGAUUAUAAUCAAGCUAUGCAGAGUGUUUUUGAUGAUUCAUGGGACAUGUACUUAACUGAAAACGUAGAUGAAAGAGUUCUCUUUGGUGAGCUUCAACUCCAAAUGAGCUCUGGAACGCUAAUAAUACCAUCAGUGUUUGAUCAAAUGUAA